AUGGCGCCUAAGAAGCUGACGGACUGUCCGGAAAAUCUCCGGGAGUCCAUCGACUGGUUGAUCCAGGUUAGGCAUGGGAAUGGUGCUGGUGGUAAAGGCCUUGAGGACUUGGCCAAAGCUUUGAAAAAGUUUGUUGGUGAUGCUAUUAAAAAUGCUACUAACAGUCUUGAAAAGAGGAAGGAGCAACUUGAAUGUCCCCCAAAAUAUUGGAAACCUGACUCCCAUUGUAAGAAGCUUGAGACUAAAAUUGAAGAAGCUAAGAAAGAUGCUGAAUCUGCUGAAAAUUCGGAAAAAUCCAAAAAAGAAUCCGAAUUAGAUAAGCUUAAAAAAGAAAAGGAUGACCAUUACAAUGACGUUCAUUACCUUACUGAUGAUGCCAGAGACAAAGCUUUGAAGGAUAUUCAGGAUCGGCAGACUAAGCUUAGUGAGCUUAAAAAAGGUCUUGAAAUAUUUACUGAGAACAAUGAUGAUUGUAAAAACCUUUUAACAAGGCUCACUGAAGGCUUAGAAAAGUUUUUAGGCUUCGACCCAUCUUCCAAAGGCUACGAUGGCUCCGGCAUCGUGUACUCGGACCUCGACAGGCUGUGCGACGGGGUGAUGGCGUUCUUGCACGGGGUUCUUAGCGGAGUGAAGGAUGACGAUGCUGUGAAGACUUAUGAUAAGAACGUUGCUGAGCCAAAAUUAGAUAGUGUUCUCAACUCUCUUGAAGUUUCCAUAGGUAAGGGGUCUGGCGUAUUUGGUUCGCAGGUUGGCAAGGUGAGUGAGUGGCUUGGGAAGUAUGAGAGGGAGGUGAACAAGAAAUGUGAAAACGUAACUAAGAAUAUUAAUGACUUAUUGAUUGCAAAUAUUGAUAACAAAAUGGGUGAAAUUAACAAUGCCAAAUCAGGUGGUUGCCAGGCCAUUCACGAGGCUUUCAAGGCCUCUGUUACAGAUAUUGGUGAGAAUAUGUGGACUGUGAAAAAUAACACAGAAGGAUAUAAAAGUCUUGACAGCGCAUUAAAAAGCAUGUUGGAGUGUCCGAUGGGUAAAAUAGAGAGUUCGAUUGAUGUUUUGAAAAAAUCGGCGGGGAAUGAAUUUUUGGCUGCGCAGGCUAAGAAGGUGGAUGAUGCUUUGUUGGAGCAGGAAAGAGAGGUGAUGAAAAAGAUUGAGGAUGAAUCUAAAGUGUGUCAGCAAAAAAUACAUAAAGAGUUUGAGGCAAUCAGAAAUGGAAUUAGGGGUAUGAAGGAAGCGAGUAAAAUGCAUUUUGAACAUAUAGGUAACGCGCUUAGCGCUGCACAGAAGUUUUUGGAGACGGAAUAUGAUAGCGAAUAUAAAGAGGGUAUUCUGGAUAAGUUUGAAUAUAUACAACAUAACGUCAACGCAUCGUAUAAUAACUUGUGCAGGAAUAAAGAUGAACUUGAAUCCUUGGUUCAAAAGGCGCAGGGACACUUUGCUGCGAUCAAGGGGAAGGUUGGCGGUGCCGGACUACAAGAUACUAUAUAUGGCGGUUGGAUGACGCUCAAGGCUCAGGUCGGGAAGCUGGCUAAAGAUAUCCAUGAUAAAAAUGGAGCAGGGGAUAACUAUCUUGGUAGUAUUAUUACAAAUAUCGGUAAGUAUGCCGAUGAAUUCAAGGUGGCAGAGGGACAGGAUACAAAGACUCUUGGAAACAUAGUGCAGGAGUGGGUGGAGGAGAUUGCGAAGGUUGACCCAGUAAGGGGGGAUAUUAGUGAGUAUGCCAAGGCUAACAGGGAGAAUAGUUUGAGCCCCGAAUAUGCGAAGGAGGAACCGAAUGACAGUGGAAUAUAUCCACAACUUAACAAGAUAGUUGCAACGAAAAUUCAGGAAAAGCUUCUGACCGGUGUUAUUGACAAAGCCGUUCAGGCGGCCGGUAUCGUCACCACCAACGGCACCAUUCAACAAUACGUCAAAGCUGUUCAACUGGGUUGCAACAAAUUUUCCGAGCUACUUGCAGAUAGAAUUAAAGGAGCCAAACUUGAGACGCUUACCUCUGCUAUAGUCCAGGAGAUUCACAAGAAUGGGAAUGGUGGCGUGCUUUCCAGUGAUGCGUCUCUUGCUAACAAUACAAAUCUUACUCGUGCAGUACGAUUUGUUCUAAAUGAACUCGUCGGUGUGGCCAAUGGUGCGACCACGGAACUGCAGCGAUUCCUCCAUAAGGUCGAACUCAGCACUAAAUUGGACCACGCUAUACGCAGUGCCACGCAAAUCCACGAGCAGUUGGAAGGCCCAGGUGAGACUAACUACGGUCCGAACAUCACUGCAGCACUGGGGGAAGUUACUCAGCAAAUUACACACCUUCACAAAUAUUUAGAAGAUAAAGAUGGCAAUGUGUCAAUAUUCAAGAAAUUAACGACAAUUCAGGAGAAAGUUAUUGAUAAACUCGAAAAUCUUAGAAACGAAAAGGGCAGUAAAGGCGUCGAUGGUGAAAUAAACAAGAGAAGAGAUGAGACUGCAAACCUCAUGGAAGAGGUGAAAGGCAAGAUGUCCUACAGAAUUGAUCUGAUCAGGAAUGAAACCAAUGCCGCUGAUAGAGGCUUCGGUAUGUCCAUUGAUGCGCUUUUCAAAGUUGUGGAUGACUCCAGAAUUGAUGCCCAUAAAUCCGUCGAAUUUCUCAAAACCGCGCUUCUCCAAAAAGUCCAACAGGCCUUCCACCAGCUCACCACCGAAGUCAGAACACUCUUCUCCGCACAAAAGGUCUCGGACCUCAAAGCGCUGCAGGAAGUCGUUGGGGAGCAGAAAAAGGAGAUGCAGAAAAUAAUGGAUGAAGACAAAAUCACGGGCGUAAAAGGGAUGUUACAUAAGCUGAAGGAGAAUGAAACUACCUUGGGAUCUCUUAAAACUCUUGUAGAUCCCACGCGUAGAGAUAAUUUCACACGAAUGGCCUCCGGUCUCAAGGAAUUGCUGGACUCUCUUCUACAGUAUAUAGAGUCUCAAGCGAGGACUCUGACGGAGCGUAAGGGCACCGAAGAAAAUCCGCAAUCCAAAGCGGUGAACACAAUUAAAGCCAAGGCAGGCGUGUUACUAAAUUACCUAAAGUACGUUCCACCUAAUGGUGGAAAUAAGCUAUAUACAUUUGAUCAUAAUUCCGUUGAAUUGCUAGAACAACUAAAGAAAUCCGUUACCAACUUAACAUCCCCCAACUUCCACGGCUUCCACAAUCCCCUGCUCCUCGACGCCCUCAGGCGCGGCAUGGACAAAUUCGCCGAGCAACUCGGACACGCGUACGUGAAUAAGUAUAGCGGUCAAAAACGUGCGGAUGACUGGGUGGAAACAAAACAAAGUGCUGAUAAGAAAACCACUGAAACCCAGUUAACCCCUGAGGGCCGCAACUGUGCCAAGGUCUGCUUGACCAUACUGGAGAUAUUGAAUAGUGAGCUGAAAGGGUUGAGGAGGAGAUGGAACGGCCUAGGAAAAGCCUUCCAACCACUAGGCUACGAUGUUGCCACUAGUCCAACCAGCCAGGACGGUGAGUUGAGGAAUAAUGCUGAUCGUAAAGGCCAGUAUAUUUAUGCGAAUCUUCUCGUAAAUGAGCAUAAUGCUAGCCAAGCCAGUAACAAAUUUCAACUUGUCAGCGACAAUGAUGACAACAAGGAUAACAAGGAAAAACAUAGUGUCACUAGGAAGCUCCAUACCCAUCUUGGCACAUAUUACUAUGUCUCUCACCACUAUAUUCCUCCGAAACCCAGAGCGCCAGGCAGCGUAAAAGAGAUGCUCCAAUGGCUCCUCGGGUUAUACUUUAAUCCGAUGCGUGAUCUACUUUACACUUACAUGAAAGAAUUGUUUGAGAAGCCUAAGGGACAGGAAGCAAAGCCGUAUAAAGAUAUCUCCGACACAGAUCUUAUCCUAGAUGCGACCACAAAAAUUACACCUACGACAUUAAAAGACACACUUCGCGACGUCUGUCUGUACUCUGAAGAUGUGUUGGUAGCAUUCCAGGGUCACGGCCACGAAGGUGGCAUAUAUGCCUGCGACUUUUAUACAAACACCAAUAAUCUGUUGUAUCCAAAUAGCCCCGAUGCAUGUUUAGAUAUGCUCGUAGACAUAUUAUUUAGAGUCUUCCACCAGGUCCGUUUCGUAUAUAAGCAGUGUAACAACGGCCCUAAAAGCGGUGGUUGGGAAGACUGCCAUUAUGGUAGGCACGUCGGUGGGUCACACUGGCAGUGUAAUGAUAAGCAGUGUCCUAAGCAAGACUGCGAACAAAAGCACAACCAAAUGGCUGACCAACAUACGAACUGCGGAGUCAAAUCACCGCUUCAGUCAUUUUUGGAGGACGGCCUCCCCGGAUUUCUGCCUCAUACAUUUAAGACACCUGGCUGCAAGUUGACGUGUUCACUUACGAAACACAGCGGUAUUCCUUGCAUAACUCCAAUGGGUUUCGCAGAUAUUGGUGUUGCGGCGUCCCAUACGAAGAACGGCAAGCAUCUAAGGGUCGAACUCUACAAACUCUGUGGUGAUGCAAGCAAACCACUCAGUAAGAUGUGUAGUAUGCUCAACUGUCUAUUGCGCAGAACGCCUCAAACGCUUGGCGAUAUGUUCGGUUUCUACUAUAAUUUCAUAUAUGAGUGGAACGAUAAUAAAGACAAGGAACGUAGUAGGCAUAAGAAAACAGCGUUCGAAACAGCCGUACAAAAUGCUAAUUUCAAAGAUUCCGGUACCACGCUGGAGAUUACUUCCAUGUUCAGCAGCAGUAGCCACAGCAACCAUACAUCUAAUAACAUUCCCAAGGGUGAUCUGUUCAGUCUUGUACAAUGUAACAAAGGCAAACACAUUCCAGCCCUUCCGUGUGGUGCGUAUAUGCAGUCUAGUAACGUUGAAAUUUUCGGCACAUUUUCCGAAAAGCGCGCCGGUAAUUACCUUUCAUGGGUUACAUACAUUACCGAGUCGUUCUUAUGGUUGCUGUAUGAUUUGUAUGAGUCUUGCAAAAAGUGCGACAAGCCAGGCACCAGAUGCUGUGAUCGAAGUUGUGACGAGAAAUGUAAUGUAAAAUACACUGAUGCCAAUGGGAACUCCGCCAUUCCAUCUACAGACGAACGCCACACUACAGACUGCUCAUCCAUUGUAAUGUGCCCGACUAUGCAUCCAAACCUGUAUAAAUAUGGCUUAUCCUUUGCCAGCCCAUAUGAUCUAAGUGGAGUCGCGGACAUAAGAACGCGACGCACAUGUAAAGAUCUAUGUAGAGCGUUGGAAAAAGUAACCGGUGAAAAUUGCGUGCUUGUGCAAAUUCUUAACAAAAUUGACGAUUUCCUGAAAGAGAUCAGAUGGCCCUUCAUGUUAUUAUUGUUAACCCUCUGGUCGCUCUCGCUCCUGUACCUGCUGCACAUCGCCGUCGUCCGCCUCGACGUCCUGAGGAUUCGCUCCCACCUGAGAUCACCCUCAAGCCACCGCAUCGCCUCCCAGUCCCUCCUCGCCGCCGCACGCGUCAAGGCACUCGCCAACGUCAAGUACUUCUCACCAUAA